UCGCCUUGACAACGCGUGGGAUUCCAAGCCGCUGGUGCUUCGGUGAGCUCCGGGCAUCCGGCCGCGAUGCUGAAGGCCAAGAUCCUGUUCGUGGGGCCCUGCGAGAGUGGAAAAACUGUUUUGGCCAACUUUCUAACUGAAUCUUCGGACAUUACUGAAUAUAACCCAACCCAAGGAGUGAGGAUCCUGGAAUUUGAGAACCCACAUGUUACCAGUAACAGCAAAGGCACAGGGUGUGAAUUCGAGCUUUGGGACUGUGGUGGCGACUCAAAGUUCGAGUCCUGCUGGCCAGCCCUGAUGAAGGACGCUCAUGGAGUAGUGAUUGUCUUCAAUGCUGACAUCCCAAGCCACCUGAAGGAGAUCGAAAUGUGGUAUUCCUGCUUUGUCCAGCAGCAGUUCUUACAGGAUGCUCAGUGCCUGCUAAUUGCACAUCACAAACCAGGCUCUGGAGGUGACACAGGAAGCUUGGCUCUGUCACCACCCCUGAACAAGCUGAAGCUGGUGCACUCGAACCUUGAGGAGGACCCUGAAGAGAUCCGGAUGGAAUUCAUAAAGUAUUUAAAAAGUGUCAUCAAUUCUGUGUCUGAGAGCAGAGACCGAGAAGAGAUGUCAAUUAUCACAUAACUUCCCCUGGGAAGUUUCUUCACUUCCCAGAAGAAAUCAACUUCUUCCCCUGUGCACAUCCAAAAUCUCAUCCAGCUUCUCCUGCUUUCUCUCCUCCUUUCCUGCCAGAAGGUACCAGUCAGGCAGGAGUUGGCUCACCACCAUCUGUCCUUAGUUCAUUUAGGAAAAUCCUCUCACCGAAUUCUGACCUCAGACCUUCCCAAAGACCUAGAAAAUCAAGGGAUUUUUUUUCAUUCCUUCACAUACAUUAAAUUAUAACAAUUGCAGAGUUGUAACUAUCGUUGCCCAAAGAUAUAACA